GGCGGUUGCGUCGGUAUUUGACCCACGGCCCCGCCCCUUCCUCAUCCUCCGCGCGGCGCCGCUCCGCACACCCAGCGCACCACGGGGACAGUUCGGCGGCUGCAGCGGCUCGCUCGGACCGCUCCGACCCGAAAGGAAGUUCUGCUGGAAAAGUAGCUGGAGUGGACGCAACCAGUCUUGUUUUCGUCGUGGGGCAGUUGCCUGAAACAAGAAGCAAAGCCAGUGGACCAGAAAUUAGCCGCCCUGCUGGAGGUAACGGAGGAGAUGGAGGAUUAGUCCAUAAUCCGGACUGCAUCCCAGUUCCCCUGUUGAGAUGGUUCCAUGGUGCAACCGCGGAACCGCUUGCAGCUGGACUUGGACCUAUUUCUGAGCUGAUGUGGACUGAGCCAAAGCCCAGAGCAAGCCAGCCGUCCCCACCACACUCCAACGGGCCCGGCAGCCUCCAGGAACGUGCGCGCGGAGCGUUCGCCUCCAUUCACGUCCGUUUAAUUCAGCCAGUCAUGCACAACAACAAGCUCCAGAGAGCUAGACAACGUUUAGAACAUUUCAGACUCGUGUAGCCUGUUGGACUCAGGGGUUUUAGUUAGCGUUUUGGUCUCGUUCAUACUCAUUACAGACAUUUCAAGACCAACUUGAAGGUGGAUUUUUGAACCAUGAAUCUCCAGGAAAAGCUGUCGGGCCUCAAAGGCCUCGUCGCCCACUCCCACAGCAAGCGCCGCUUGAGGGGCGAGCUCACGGCGGACAUGAUCAGCCCGCCGCUGGGAGACUUCCGACACACCAUGCACGUGGGCCGCGGCGGGGACGUGUUCGGGGACACCUCCUUCCUCAGCAACCACGGGGGCACGGCCAACGGGGGCCAGGACGAAAGCGACUCCGCCUCCGGCCCCGACAGCAAGAUCGGGGCGUUCUUCUCCAGGACGCUGCGUCAGAUCCGAAGGGGCUCCGACAGCCGCCCGAGGGAGGGCUCCAGGGACCUGUCGCCGCCGCCGCCGCCGGUUUCUCCCAUCAUUAAAAACGCCAUCUCGCUUCCCAGGCUGGAUGUGGACAUGUCCAACGGGAGUCCCACCGUCAAAGUCCUCUUCCCCAGUUCUCAGACUACACCAGAGGAGAAGAAAAGCUCCUAUGGUCUGGAUUCCGGGUUCGUGACUCUGCCUCGCCUCUCCCGCUCCGAGCGCCAGCAGCCCUCCAUCUCCCUCCCCGCCUCCUGCUCCCCUAACAUCCACCGAGGCUCCCUGACCGACCCCAGCGACGCCGUCUUAUCCACCUGCUCCGCCCCCGUUGUCGGCUGCGCCUCCAAGCACACCACCACGACCUACUCCGACUCCCUGCCCUCCCUCACGUCCCUGGACACCUUCACCUUUGACCUCGGCCCCUCUCUCAUGAGCGAGGUGUUCGGCCUGAUUGACGGACACCCGGAGGAGCACGGCACCGCCUGGGAGGGCGAGGACGUGGGGUCGGCCUGCGGCUUCACCAACGAGGGCUCGGAGAUGGACUCAGCGACCAUCUCAUACGUGGAUUCCCUGCUGAGGGAGGACUGCGUGGGCAGGAAGAGCCCGCAGGCCGCUGAAUGGGAGGAGGACGAGGGGAGCGUGACGGAGAUGAACGGCCUGUCCGUCAAAGUCCCCGACGUGCUGAUGGGAUCGCCGGACAGGGUUCGGCCGGGGCCGGGGAUAGAGAGCGAGCGGUUCCAGAGCGCUACGGAGGUGCUCGCGCGCCACUACGGCGUCAGGCUGCCGAAGGAACCGAGCAGAACGGAGGCAGAGAUGUUGAUCAUCAACCAGAAGAAGAAAAUGUCCUACAGCUACAUGGACGACGAGGAUGAAAUCAAAGUCUGAGCUUCACACUAAACUAAACGAGUCUUUCUCUGAUGUAUGAUUGAUUUUACCUGCAUUAUGGCUUCAGUGGGCGGCUCUGUUGACAGAGUGGCCGUGAACACUACACCACGGACCCACUAGUCUCACUAUUGGACUCUUUAAUACGCCAUGUUUCAAGGAUGUACAGUUUGACCUAACGCUGCUAGUUUCCAAGCUCAGCUCAGAAAAGGAGACAGGUUUCUUUUUUCCCAGCGAACUGAAGCGAAGAGGAAAGUGGAACGUGGACGGGAGUGUUCGGGGCAAGUGCUUCACUUUGACGACCGUUCGGGAUCCGUUGUAAACGUUUCACUCAGGAAUACGCUACCAAGAAGGAGGAGGGGAAGGGCUUCACCGGGAGACCUGCAGGCGAAGCAUCAGAGAAGCCUGCGAAAUGCUAAUGUCUCAGUUACUGAACCACGUGAACCGAGGGAAUAUGACAAGUGAAGAAUGGUAUGUGUUAGAUGCAACUAAAGCCUGAACCAUGUAAGUGUACGUUUUGUGCCGCAGACCUACAUAGAUACUCAUUUGCACCUUUUAUAAUUAUGAAGUCCAACUCCUAUAUUGCUUUUUAUAAAAAUAUGUACUUUUAUACAACUAAAGAUCAAAUGACCUCCUAUAAACAUGAGCACCUACAGAACAUAGUGCAAUUCACAUCCAUAUGCUGCAGUCAGUAAACCCCAUAUACUGUACUAUGACGCUAUAAACUGGCAAUAAACAUGUUGAAUAUGCCUUUA